UGCCUAGAGAAUAAUUUAUAUAUUUUAACUUCCUUAUCAAAUUCCUAUGACGAAGAUUAUGUGAUGAAAAGGACUAAACGCAUGAUCCCUGAAAUAGUCCCACUAAUCAACAGAGUCUGAGGAUAUAUCAAACUUGGCAAUAUCAAGCUGAGUAGAAAGCAAAUUCUUACUAUAUUUGCCAAUAUUCAGACAGCUAGCUGCCUUGAGUUUGAAAGUUGCAGACUUGAUGCUUUGGAUUUCGGAGAAAUAUCUUCAUCGGAAAUGUUUACAAAGAUCUCUAAUUCAUCAAAAUUCAAACUCCACACAGCUUCAUUCCACGAAUGUGAGGAUUAUCAUGGAGAACCUUUAGGGUAUGAAGGAGAAGAACUUGCUUCAAUUUUGAAUCUCUUAGGCUCUACUCCUUUCUCAAAGAGUUUACAACUCGUUUCUCUUGCUUUUGGCACAACUAAGGACCAAUGUGAUCAAUUAAGAAGCAAUGCAAAUCUUACUCAUGUAAGUUUUGAGACAAAUACUGCCUUCCAAGAAUGUCAUUUUCUUGAUCCAACAAGUUCUUGGCCCAACAGUUAAUUUCUUUGAUUCUAAAACGCUCGAGUAUGCUUUCU